AUGGCACAAAACGAAGAAGAAAAUAACAAAAUGGCGACUGAUGAUAACACCAUCACGGCCGAACAAGCCUUGCAAGGCUCCUCUGAUGAAUCAUCUUUGACCCAAUCAAAUCGAGAUGUAAAUUCUCUUGGCAAUAGUGAUGAAAUGGAUAAAACCGAUGAGUUGGAGACUUCAACACCAACUCCUGCUGUUUCUGCUGUGGGAGAUACUUUUCCAUCAUCAUCAGAAGCAGAAAAUACAAAUACUUUAACAUCUUCUGAUUCAGAUACUGUGUUAGGAGGAAUUAAUAAUGAUGAUUCAGAUAAGGGUUUAGCAAUUACGUCGGAAUCAGCCCAAUGCGUUCAACUUCCUGCAACUACAGCACUCACAAAGAAAUCUCCCUCCAUUAUCGAUGUUACAAAAAUUAAUUUUGAAGAAAAAUUGGCUGAAAUCAAAGAAUUGCUGCCCAAGACAGCAUUUGUUAGUUUCGAUCUGGAAAUGACUGGCUUGGAAUUAGAUGAUGAGCACAAAAUCUUUCCCUUUGAUACAAUUGAAGAUAGAUAUGUAAAAUUAAGAGAUAGUGCGUCACAAUUCGAAGUGGUACAAUUCGGUCUUUGUCUCUGGUUUGUCGAAAGGCCUGAGGAUGAAUUUUCUAAUAUUCAAGACGAAGCCGAACGCUUACGACAAUUGCUGAAGAAUUCAUUGGCCAAAAAGACCACAUCAAAUGCUGCUGCUGCCUCACCUAAAGUCAUAGCAAAGCCAUAUAACUUUUAUCUUUUUAAAGCUCCAUCCCGAAGCUCUAGCGUCUUUUCUUGUCAAAACACGUGCCUUCAAUUUUUAGUUCAGAACAAGAUGGAUCUCAAUAAGGUCAUUGCUCAUGGUAUCACGUACAUGAAUGAGGUCGAAGAAGCUUCCACAAGAGAAAAAAUUACAAGAAUUGCUAAAUUCAGAGCAUCUGGCUCUGGAACUAGGAAAAGACCCAACGACAGAGGCGAAAGAAUUGAUAGUAGCAGAUUGACACCUGAACAACGAGAGUUUUUGGAAAAUUGCAAAGAAAGAGUCGCAGAUUGGGUUGCUAACUCUACCGAUACAGAGCUUGAUCUUGAUCCAUGCAAUGGGUUCGAACGAAAAUUCUUAUUUGAAGAAUUGGGUUCUUUAUAUGAAGGCAGGCUUGUACUUAAUACUGUCAACACAAGUAACAAGAGAUUGUCAUUCAUACGUAUCAAGAGAGUGGGGACUGAAACAACAGAAGAACGAAUGAACAGAGAAAUAGAAGAGGCAGUAAACCAAGAGCUUGGUUUUACUAGACUUGUAAGAGAACUUACAAAACACAAGCAUUUAAUUCUCAUUGGACACAAUGCUCUUUUGGAUAUGAUGCAUGUAAUCCACAAAUUCAUCAAACCACUUCCUUCAUCUUCUGAAGAGUUUAAGGCAAUUGUUAGAGAAAAUUUUGAAAACGUAAUUGAUACCAAGUAUAUUUGUGAAACCUACCCACAAAUCUCUUCGGCUCUGGUUAGAGAUACUUCACUGAGAACAGUUUUUGAUUACAUGCUGCACAAAACAGAUGUUGGUGGGCCAAAAUUUGAGAACUUUGACGAGUUUUAUGAAGGCAUCAAAGACUUUGAUCAUGUAGCCGCUUUUGAUGCAUUCAUGACAGGUUUUGUAUUCAUGAAAGUAAGCCAAAUCAUUGGUACCAAUAGAAACAAAUUAUUCCAUGGAAUUUCUGAUUUAUCUCAUAUUAAGGAAAUGGUCAACAUUAUCAACGUAAUGAACUGUGACCAUAAUUUCAAGCUGCUAAAACCAAACCCACUUGAAGAUAGAUCCGAUUUAUUUUUAUUGACUGGUCUAACACAAGAAAUAACCAACGAACACAUCAAAAAUGCAUUUUACAAGUACGGCAUGAUUAAGAUAUUUUGGAUCAACGCAAGAUAUUGUUGGGUGAAAUUAAUGAACAAGACAUCAGCCGAUCUCUGCAGCAGAGAUGUAAUGGAUGUUACCAAUUGUCACAAUCCAGGACUAAAAACACUCGUAUUCGAGAGGGGUGUAUCAGUAAUGAGCUACUAUCAGGCAAAGGAAGGUCACAUUCUUCCUACUCUAUCGUCACUUACUGAAAAGGAGCAAGAAACCUUAAAGAAGAGAAAGUCAAUCAGCUCGAGCGAUGGCCUUGGUGACGACGAAAAUUAUCCAAGCACACCCAACGCCACCAACCAAAGCAUGCAAUCAACCUCACCGGCAGGUACUUCAGCUUCGUUUUCUCCCAUGCAAACCUCUCCUCCUUCGUCGUCAUCUUCCCAAAACAAACGAGUUCGUAGAAGCGCAGCACUCACAAACGGAGAAUCAUCAGGAGGAUUCUCAUGCAUCAUUCUUUAA